GCCCCGGGGAGCAAUGACAUCACGCGGCCUGCUCCCGGCGCCGACACAAAGAGCGGCGCCGAGUGGCCGCUGCGGGGGGAGCCGGCGGCCGCCGCUGCCGCCCCGGGCCCCGGGGCCCCGCCGGCCCGGCCCACCGCCCGCACCCUGCGCCCUUCCUCUUCUUCCUCCUCCUCCUCCUCCUCCUUCUCCUCCUCCUCCUCCUCCUUCUCGGCCGCCGCCCGCGCCGCCCGCGCGCUGCUGAGCCCGCGCCCGGCCGCGCCGGCCCCUUCCCAUGCGGGCGGCGCGGGCCCUGGGAGGGGCGCCCGCAGUCAGCCGCGCAGCAUGCACUGGGGGGUUGGCUUUGCUUCGUCCAGGCCGUGCGUGGUGGAUCUGAGCUGGAACCAGAGCGUCUCUUUCUUCGGCUGGUGGGCCGGGUCCGAGGAGCCCUUUUCCUUUUAUGGGGACAUCAUCGCUUUCCCUUUGCAGGAUUACGGUGGGAUCAUGGCAGGGCUGGGCUCCGAUCCCUGGUGGAAGAAAACCCUUUACUUGACCGGGGGAGCUCUGCUGGCCGCAGCUGCGUAUCUGCUCCACGAACUCCUGGUCAUUAGGAAACAGCAAGAGAUUGACUCCAAAGAUGCUAUUAUUUUGCAUCAGUUUGCAAGACCUAACAAUGGUGUCCCCAGUUUAUCUCCUUUCUGUUUGAAAAUGGAAACUUAUUUAAGGAUGGCUGACUUACCCUAUCAGAACUAUUUUGGUGGAAAACUCUCUGCUCAAGGGAAAAUGCCUUGGAUUGAAUAUAAUAAUGAAAAAGUUUCUGGCACAGAAUUCAUAAUUGACUUUCUGGAAGAGAAACUCGGAGUUAAUUUAAACAAAAACCUCGGCCCUCACGAAAGAGCCAUCUCCAGAGCAGUGACCAAGAUGGUGGAAGAGCACUUCUACUGGACCUUAGCUUAUUGCCAGUGGGUGGACAAUCUCAAUGAGACCCGGAAGAUGCUCUCCCUUAGUGGUGGUGGUCCCUUCAGUAACCUGCUGAGGUGGGUCGUGUGCCACAUAACGAAAGGAAUUGUGAAGCGCGAGAUGCACGGCCACGGCAUUGGCCGCUUCUCGGAGGAGGAGAUUUACAUGCUGAUGGAGAAGGACAUGCGGUCUUUAGCAGGGCUUUUGGGUGAUAAGAAGUACAUCAUGGGCCCCAAACUUUCCACUCUGGAUGCCACUGUCUUUGGACACCUGGCACAGGCAAUGUGGACCUUACCUGGCACAAGACCUGAGCGGCUGAUCAAAGGCGAGCUUAUCAACCUUGCUAUGUACUGUGAGAGGAUCCGGAGGAAAUUCUGGCCAGAGUGGCACCAUGAUGAUGACAACACCAUCUACGAGUCUGAGGAGAGCAGUGAAGGCAGCAAAACCCACACGCCCCUGCUGGAUUUCAGCUUUUACUCAAGGACAGAGACCUUUGAAGAUGAGGGUGCAGAGAACAGUUUUUCCAGAACCCCAGACACGGAUUUCACAGGACGCUCACUCUUUGAUUCUGACGUGGACAUGGAUGACUACACAGAACAUGAACAGUGCAAGUGACUGACUGUCGCCUUGUUGAUCCUUGUCUGCUGGAGCUGCCACUCCCUGGGAUUCCAGUUUCCCAGGUAGAAACCCGUAGAGCUGGGAGAAGAUCUUCGUGCUUAUCACACUUCUCUCAAUCCCAGUGAACUGACGAUAGCAGCAUUUUCUUCCCUCCCUUCCUUCCUCCCUCCCUUCCUUCCUCCCUCCCUCCCUCCCUUCCUUCCUUCCUUUCUUCCUUCCUUCCUUCCUUCCUUCCUUCCUUCCUUCCUUCCUUCCUUCCUUCCUUCCUUCCUUCCUUCCUUCCUUCCUUCCUUCCUUCCUUCCUUCUUUCUUUCUUUCUUUCUUUCUUUCUUUCUUUCUUUCUUUCUCUUUCUUUCCUUUUCUCUUUCUUUUUUUUUGUACAAAUGAAAUACUGAACCAUUCAGAUGCUCCAUUGAAAACAAAUAGGCAAAAAAAAAAAAAAGAACCACAAAAACCACCCACGUCAGCAUGGUUCCUGAAAUUCAUUUUGUUUUCAUUAGAAAACUAAUAUUGUGAGGAGGUGAAAUGAGCAGGUUAUCCUGAACGCUGAUGAGGAUCCUCUGCAACCUGAGGGCAAGAUGGAUUUUUAACAUCCUUCACCCACUGGGGUUGGAAGUGAUGAAGGAUGUCAUCAGAAAAAAAUGUAAGACAUUACUGUUUCAGGGUGGUUGCUUGUAUUUUCUGUGUGUAAUAUCGUUUGUUGAGAUAGAAAUGAAAUAAAAUCCAAUUCAGCGAACACCUGCUAUGUGCAAUGCACUAUGCUAGGUGCUAAUCAGUAUCAGUUUUGUUUUAAGCUCUGUUGGUGACUCGCUGUGUAAUUUGGGGCAAGUCCCUUAACUCUUGUGUGCCUCAUUUCUCCCACCUGUACAGUGGGAGUAACAGUACUCUCCAGCUACCUACCUCACAGGGGUGUUGUGAGGAUUCAUGUGGUUAACAUUCAGCUCUUUCAACCUCUUGGAAGAGGUGAAACAUUAACACAUUUUAUUCUUUAUUGUACUUCAUUUGUGGCAAGAUAUGAGGGCAAAGAAAUUCCCUGUCCAGGCAAGCACAGCCACUUGCAAAAGCUCAAGCAGAUGAAAAACACAAGGCACAAUUAGGACUCUGUCUUCUUCCCUCUGUGAGCUUGCUUGAAUCAUCUUUUGUUGAGAGAAAACAUUUUUACAGAUCAACAACCACAGUUUCAGUUUGACUGUGUAUUUUGAGAAAAGGGUUGGACACCCCAAUGCACACUGGAAUGUUGUCCUUUGUUGACUGUGGGGUGUGAAGUUGGAGGGAAUAAAGCUCAGGAAGAUAGUGGGUUUAAUAGAGGUGGAGAUGAAAGUGUGUGAUUACUUUUUGGAAGAUUGUUAAUUUGUAAUGUCUCUUUUGAAAGUGAGGGUUGGAGCAAUAGCACAGAGGUAGGGCAUUUGCCUUGCAUGCAGCCGACCCGGGUUCGAUUCCUCCGCCCCUCUCAGAGAGCCUGGCAAGCUACCAAGAGUAUCCCGCCCAAACGGCAGAGCCUGGAAAGCUCCCUGUGGCAUAUUUGAUAUGCCAAAAACAGUAACAAAAAGUCUCACAGUGGAGAUGUUACUGGUGCCCGCUCAAGCAAAUUGAUGAGCAAUGGGAUGACAGUGACAGUGACAGUGACCUGAAAGCAGACCUGGCCAUAUCUAUUGAAAGGCGAAAUAGGAAGAAAAUCAUGUUUCUCACAUCAAAGCACAUUGUGCAGCUGUAGGCUCUGUGCAGUUUUGUGAAUGUGACGUUUUGGUGUUUUCAACUUUGCCCAGUGAGAAGGCUGGCUGUGGACAAAUCUCAUUGCUUCUUAAGGAUCUUCUUUUUCUUCGUUGUACACUCUCUUCCUGCAGAGGGCAUGAACUCCUGGGAUUGCCCAUAUUGACCAAGGCAUUCUAUCUCUGAAGACAGUUUUUGUUGAUUAGUAACAUUUUCUAGUGAAAUGUGGGUGAAGAUCCUCUGCUGAUGGCCAAGGAUUUGGGUUAGGAGAGUAAGUGCUAACACAAUUGUUUAACUCUGACCACAAUGGACUAACUGGGUAAGCGUUACUCAUUGUGAGAUUAAGAGAGCAGCUUGGGAAAAGUUCAUGUGCUUUAUUUGUAAAGGACUCUGGUUGGAUAUAGCUUUUGUAAAAUAAUACCAAAAUGCUGUGGGUUCAUUAAGAGGGGGAGAAUUUUUGAAAUUGAUUACCAUUUAAGCAACUCAGGAGGGCAUAUGCAACUGGGAAGAAAUAUUGAGAUACUCCAAGUUAGAAAUUUCUAUUCCAUAGAAUGCCCAUUUAUUGGUAACUUAUACAAAUCAUUUACAUUUGAAAGAACUGGGGCUGGAGAGAUAGUUUAUUGGGUAGGGCAACUUGUACACAGCUGCUCUGGGUUCAAUCCCCAGCAUUUAAUAUGUCCCCCAAAUGCUACCAGAAUGAUUCCUGAACUCUGAGCCAGGAGUAAGUAUCACUCAGUGUGACCCCAAAACAGAAUUCAAAACAAAAAAAGAGAAGACUGUUUAUGCCUAGUGAAAAUGUGGUAGUAAGGAUAUGAAUGGAUGAGUCUGUUUUGUCUUCAAUGUCAUGGUGGGGAAGUUUGGAGUGACUAUAAAACUCCUAGACUUAAAAUAUGAAUGUAAUGAACAGGAGGACUGUGAAUUUGUAUCCAAAACUGAUUUAUCAUUACAGCUGAGAGUGGGAAAGAACUCUUUAAAGUUUGUCUACAGUUUACUGGCACCAAGGAUGAUAGAAUUUUAUUUCAAGAAUGAUGAUUAGUUUGUAAAUUCACAUAGAUUGUAUGUGUGUGUUACUUGGAAGAACAAUGUAUGGAGAGCUAGUGUUCAAAGUGAAAUUGUGAAAUAAUUUUAUCCAAUUAUCUCUCCCAGGUAGUGAUUAUGUCUCAUCUUGGAUAGACAUAGUCACUUGGAAAACUCCCCACUCAAAAUUUGGACCCCAGUAUAACCACUAUUUGCUUUCCAAUGUGGGUUAUAAGAAAAUGACCCCAAUUUUUUUGAUAUGAGUGACUUACAUUGUCUUUCAUUUUAUGUGUCUCAUUUGUAACCUGCCUGGGUUUGAAAUGUUCCUCAAUUUGAUGAACAGGUGCUACUUAUAAGAAAAAAAUAGCAAAAAAUAUUAGGGAACAUUUUGGUCCUCAGAUUCCUUCAUUUAACUUCUGUGUUUCUUCUAUACUGAGAAAUAACUUAAAGUGUGAACCAGAAUAUUAUCAGAUGAUUUUGGUUUCCCAGAAGACCCAGGACCACUUGUUCUUAUUAGCUCCGAUUACAAGAAUAAAUUACGCCCUUCUAUCUAUUUCCCUUAGUCUCAUCCCCAUCCAUUCCAGGUUUAAUGAGCAGCAGCAGACUGUGCUUUUCAAAUAUCAAAGUAGAUAUGAGUACAAUAUAAAUUUAUGUAAAAGUUAACCAUCGUGUCAAAAGUUUUAUUAUUGUAACAAUGAAUUAUGACUAUGACACACCCACAGUCAUGGGUUACCCAGCUGACUGAUCACAGAACAACGUGAAGCUUGAAUUACAUCUGCAGUCUAGUGCUCAAGUGAGCACUGCCUUCAUAUACUGAGCCAUUUGGGUUUGUCUUUGCAAAAUAGCUAGGGCGUAAGGAAAGAAAACACUGAGACUUUUAGCUUCCUGGAUCUUUUCCAGAUUAUUUGAGACAAAGUAUAAAAUCACAGAAAUAUAUGCCUGGGUCAUGGAUUGUAAGGCUCUCCCUUACAAGAGAGCCCAAAAUUGUUGAUGGGUUUGGUGUCAUAUAUAUUUGUUUGAGGGAAACCCUGGAAUUGAGUUUGCCUUGGUUUUUUUAAAGUCCAUAUUCCCAUAGGUGACCCCAUGUUCAUAGAACAAUCACAUAUGUAGCAUCUCUCCAAGAAUGUUUGAAGUCAUCCUCUCUCUCUCCCAUGUCUGUUCAGCUCAGUAUCUUUUAUGUUCAUACCGUGACUCUGUAUAGGAUGCUCAAGACAGCUAAAACUCCCAGGACUUACUCAUUCUGUUAUUAAAAAAAAAUCGAACUUUUAUUUUUUGUGGUAGAGAAGGCAACAUGGUCACAUUUGCAUUCAUGUUUAUGAUGUACAAAAUUAUUAUCUCUCCUGCACCACCAGAUGCUGCGUAUCCUCUACCACUGUUCAUGUCUAGGCCAUUCUCGUUCCCUCCCCCAUCCUGCCCCACCCCUAGUUGGCAACAUCAGUUCUGUAUUAAAAGUCUGUGGCAAGUAGGGUACUUACUUGCCUUUCAUACAGUUGACUGGAGCUUGAUCAUUCCACUGUAAACAGUCUCCCAAGCAUUGUCAGGAGUGAUCCCUGAGCACAGUUGCAUAAAGCCACAACCUCUACUCCAACCUCCCCACAACCACCACUACCACAACCACCUAUAACCAAAAGCCUCAAAGUCCAAGGACUCAUUGUUACCAGCUACCAUCUAUUCUCUUGCUUUGUUUAUAUACCACAGUGAGAUCUGGUAUUUGUCAUUCCCUCUGACAAAUUUCACUUAAUAUGACUUUCCUGCCCAGCUCCAUCUAACUUGUUGCAAAAAGUAAGAUUUUUAUCUUAUAGCUGAGUAGUAUUCCAGUAUUUCAUUCUUUACCACUUUACCACUCAUCAUGUCUUUGGGCAUAUGAGUUGAUUUCAUACCUUGACUAUUGUAAAUAGUGUGUAGUGAACAUAGGUAUGCAUAUAACUUAAAUUUUUUUUUUGCUUUAUUGUUUUUGGGCCACACCCUGUGGGGUCUAUUCCCAGGUCUGUACUCUGUGUUUGGGAGGUCACUCUGAACAGUGCUCUAGGGACGCUGUGGUGCCAGACAUUGAACCUGGGCUUCCUGAUUGCAAUCAUGUGCUCAACACUUGGCACUAUUUCUCUUGCUCUACAUUAAUGUUAUUUGAGUUCCUGAGAUUGGUGAUAAAGAUCGAAAUUGUUGUGUCAUGUGGAGGUUCUAUUUUUAGUAUUUUUAGAAGUCUCCAUAUUGUUUUCCACGGAGGUUGAACCAGUUUACAUUCUCACCAUGUAAUGAAUGAGGGUUCCUUUCUCUCUGCAUCCCCACUGACACUGUCUUUGUUUGGUCUCUUUGACAAGGGCCAUUCUCAUUGGUGUGAGAUGAUACCUCAUUGUUGCUUUGUACUUCUCUGAUAUUAAGUGAUGUAUGCUGAUUGACCAUUUGUGUAUCUUCAAGGAAGUAUCUGUUCUUUUCCCUCCUAUUUUUUUUGAUGUGGUUCUUUUUUGUUGUUGUUGAGCUUUGUUGAAUGCUUUAUAUUUUGCAGUCACCCUUUAUUUGUUGUGAUAUUUUUUUUAAAUCCAUGCUCAAAUGUUCACUCAUUGGGUGUUUACUGGGCCUCUGACCUUUGCCUAGGCACCUGCUAUACCUUUAUUUUUUACAUGCUUGCCACUUUCCAAAUUCAUUUUAUUCAUCAAUUCUCAAUCUUUUGAAAGUCCUUCAGCCACCUUGCUUUGGGCUGAGGGUGCACUUUAGGGUCCAGUUUUCUUACCUCUCUGUCUCCUGAGGUGGCUCCUCCUGAGACAUCCAGUGCUUCCUUGUGAUUCAUUUGUUAUUGCCUAGACAUGCCUUAGGAACCACAAGUCUGUGCUUCUACUCAUGCUCGCCUCUCUCCUGAAAUGCUGGUCCUGCCUUUCUACUGACCCAAACUGUACCUAUCUAUCAACAUUUCUCUGCUCAUUGUUUCCCUCUCUUCUAGAAAGAGCAUUUCUUUCCCUGAAGGCUGUGAGGGAAAGGUAUGCUUAGAAAGGUGUGCUGCAAAGUUGUGGUUUUGUAUCUUGGUGGCAGGGAAUCCAAUGAAGUCUUCCAGUUAUUCUCGUGAUCCUUCUUCCGGAAGAAUGCAUAUGUGCAAAUAGAUAAUAUUAUGCAUAAAAAGUUCAGGAAACUUGGAGGCCUCAUGGUUCCUUUAGGAGGAUUCAGAGACCUAAUUGGAGAAGCCCUCUUCUAAACAGACUUCAAAAGUUACUGUUGGUAUUCAUGCUCUUGCUUUUAACAUCUAGAGACAGAAAAAUUGGUAUGGGUUGUUCAGCCAGAUUUAUAUCUCUUUCAUCUACAUUGAGUGUAUGCUGAAUGACAGGGAAGGAAGAAGAGAUGAAUGUUAGUUGAGGAAAUAUCUUGCUCAGACUUUCUGUUGUCAUCAUCAUUUAUCUUUUCAUCACCCAAAAAACUGAUUUAUUAAAAUCAGCUUUGGAUAGGGAAUCUUAUUUCAGUCCUGAAACCCACUACUUGUGCACGCUAGAUUUCACCAUUCCAGGACGUGAAGUCGGGAGAGAAAAGGCUAAAUUUUUCCUUAUAGGAAAAGAGUCUGUACAAUCAGAUUUUCCUGUGUUCAUUCAUUUGUAGGUUGUUAGGUGGAUUUUCAGUAAAAGGAUGGUGCCUUUUGUUGGUAGGAAAAACUCAGGUUCUUCUUCUUUUUCUUCUUUUAUUAUUUUUUUCACAGAGUAAAGUUAUUUUAAUUUUUCCUGACUGUGACCUAGGAGGCUUUGUUCUCCUAUAUAUUCAGUGCUGCUUAGGUUGACAGAGAACUGAAAGUAUAUUCAGUGACAAGUGACUAGUAAGCCUAAGUGCUAAGUUCUGAGAUUCCAUCUUGAACAGGUCCAGGGAUCAAUCGCUUGUGAUUGUGGAGUACCCGACCUUUAUUCAUUUGCUUCCUGUGGUCUGGAUAAGAUUUGUGAUUUCAAAAUGCUGCUGUUGUGGGUGUGUCUGGAGGUUUCUUGCCUGAAAAACUGCUGGUGGCAGGAUGAAGUCUGAAAAUAACUUAAAGUUUUCUUCAUUUGAAUUCUUCUCUAGAAACUUAAGUUAUUAGUCCCUGAUUUUAGAGAAUAACUUAGAUAAUCAAGGUUUUUAACUCUUAAGAUUAUUUAAGUCAGAAAUAUAUUGGCCUUAACCCAUUGAGGUGAUUACAGAGGUCACUGAAAAGUAAUUUAAAGGAAAGCAACUCAGAUCUUUGGGGGCUGACCAAAGAGUACUUCAGUCUUUUGACUCUUGAGGACUUAUCUCUAGACUUAAAGGCUGCUAAUGGCUAGAGCACAACAGAUUUGAUAGGUCAAUGUCAACAGGAUUGUCAUCCCAAGUUGUCAAAAUUGCAGACAAAUCAUGGGGCUUAAUGCAAUAAUAAAACAAAGAUGUUUAGCUAGUACCCACACACCUUCAUAAUUUUAAUGGGGAAUAGUUAUGUAGAGCAAACUAUCGAUACUGCACUUUCAUGUUCUAUAUAUAAAUAAUUUCAGCAAUGAACUUGACCCGUUUGAAUUUUAAAAAUUAAUGUCAAUCCUAAUUAGAGCUUUAAAUAUUUUGAAACACUGACUUUGCAAUGUACAUUUAUGACAGUUAAUUUUAUGAGAAAUACUAUUACUAAAUAUGACUCAUCGCCCACUUUCCAUUGGCAGGAAUCUUUUAAAAAUGUGGCUCUGAGAUCAUUUAAUUUUUUAUUAUAUCUAAACUUUUCCCAUUUAAUAUUUUUCAAAAUCCCCAAAUGACUUUUAAAACUUAAUAUUCCACUUAUGAAUUUCAUGACAUUUAGUAGUGGCUAAAUAACAGAGAAAUGCAGUAAUUUAGUGGAAAAAAAUAUUGCAUACUUUUGACUUCCCUUGCCUUAAAAAAGUAGUGGGGUUUCUCACUAGAAAUAUUCUCUUUUGUUUGCUUCUGUCCCCCAGUAAGUGAUCACACUUGACUCAUUACAAAAAUAAACUGUAAAAUAAGGAUAACUCAAUGAAAAGGGGAAAAAAUCAAUGUCCAAAUGUUGAUAUUUUUACUUUUAACAAAUUAUGUAUGAGGGGCCGGAGCGAUAGCACAGCGGGUAGGGUGCUUGCCUUGCACGCGGCCGACCCGGGUUCUAUCCCCGGCAUCCCAUAUGGUCCCCCAAGCACUGCCAGGAGUAAUUCCUGAGUGCAAAGCCAGGAGUAACCCCUGAGCAUCGCCGGGUGUGACCCAAAAAGCAAAAAAAAAAAAAAAACAAAAAACCCAAAAAAACCAAAUUAUGUAUGAAAAUUUUUGCAGCAAUAAGAAAAUGCUGUUUUUCAAGUGGCCCCUGCUUUCAUAGUGGCCACAUGGCCACAUAUUUGUUAUUCCUGUCUAAUAAUUUUACCUCAACUAAUCAGUCUCCUGGGACAUACUUACUGCAAAUAGGCAUUUUCUCCAGUCAGAAUCCUGUCCUGUAGUGAAUGUGGCAAGUGAAAUGCUGAUGAGUUUCCGAGACAGUUUCUUGAUGACAAUGGUUUGGGAGACACAGGUCCUUCACUUGGUGGAAUACUUGGUGGUAUUUGAAUUUCUGAGUGGGAAAGGAAAGAAGGACACAGUAACGGGUACUGAGACUGCAAGCCAUCCUGUAGCACAUGACUGUGUCAGAGGCCAGUCAGGCAUGUUUCUGGAUACAGGUUAAGAAAACAAAAACAAAUGCAACCUGUAGGGAAAGAUUGUCUUUGUAAAUAAAGUGGCCAGUGCAGGAAGACUGAACAUCACAUUGUCCUUGGUUUUUAUUUAUAAGCCUGUGUCCUGACAUAGCCCUGCCUGAGGCUUGGCCUGGGAACUGUGAUUAGUUCCGGUGUACCGGCAUCUCUGAUUCUAGGGCUUUCUUCUAGUCCCGCAGAUGUGUUUGUGGUAUAUCAUUCCCAUUUUAUAAAAACAAAAUGUAUAAAGUAAUGUCUACUGAUUUUACAGAAUAACUUUUUAAAAAAUAUUUGGGGCGACACCUAAUCAUUUCCUGUUUGGGUAGUGGUCUCCAAAGCUUGUGCUCACUCACCUAAUCAUCAAGCAUUCUGACCAUGGCUUUUGGUGUGUUUAUUUAUCACACACACACACACACACACACACUCUAUACUGAUAAUGCACAUUCAAAACGAUAAUGGACAAAUGUUUUCAAUGAUGUUUUCUGUAUUCAGUGUUGAGAAAAUGGGGUAACGGGUGCUUAGAGGAAGACUUCGUUUGAUUAGAAAGUGUUAUAUUGUGACAAAGCAGAUAGAAAAUAGGCAUGGGGGCAUGAUUUUAGGCCAGGUAUUUAUUUAUAUGGCAAACACAUAUUUUUUUUUGUUGUUAGGGGAAGAAAAGGGCGAAUAAUUUGAUGCCACCUUUAGAAGAGGACUUACUUUUUAAUUUAGUUUUUGGGACUAUGUGAUCUUGUACAUCUUGAAAAUUUCUGAAGUAUUCCACAGGCUACUGAUUUAUGCAAAAUAAGAAAAGAAAGAAGGAGGAAAAAAACAAAUCAUGAAAAUGCGAACUGAAUUGCUUGAGAAUUUCACUACCUUCUUGGAAAACUUGUUUUGAUCAUUCUUCGAAAUCAUCAUCUCACUGAUUAUAUGUCUUAUAUUUGUUUACAAUCUACUAUCUACAAAUGUGUGGGAGUGGUAAAAAUUAUUUCCAGAUAUCCAAGAUAAGAGGGUCCACUGUCAAUAAUUCUUAUUCAGGUUAAGGCUUACUAUGGGCUGAUGGGUGGAUACUCCCCAGAAUCAUCGACUUGCACCCUCUGUUUUGCGAACAGUGAAUAGCAACUUGCUGAAGCAAGGCCCUAGUGUGGAGGCAUUCCAGUGUUUCUUUCUGGAUCAAUGAGUUAAUUUAGCACAGUUAUUAUUAGUAGUUUAUAAAGCCAUAUUCAAACUUGUACACUUGAUUGUAAGAUAGAUUUGAAUUGUGCACUAUGUUGAUUAUAUGUUGUAUAUAAAUGUGGAAGUUCUGUAUAUUUGGUCUUCAUGCCAUAUGUAUUUGAUGUGUAAAUGAUAACUAAUGGAUAUGAAACA